AUGACUGAAGAGGAACCGAACGUCUUCCUGUUCUAUCCGAACCUUAUCGGAUACGGCCGUAUCAUUCUGGCCAUUCUUGCUUGUUAUGCGAUGGGCGAUUGUCCAGUGACCGCCAUGCUUUGUUAUGCGAUAAGUGCCGGACUGGACGCUGUUGAUGGAAUGGUGGCAAGAAAAUAUCAACAAAGCAGCAGAUUUGGUGCUAUGCUCGACCAGCUCACAGAUAGAUGUGGUACCAUGGCCCUCUGCAUGGCUCUAUGUAGAUUUUACCCAAACUCGAUGUUCUGGAUUCAG